CACUACCAACACUGCGAGGAAAAAAUACAGAGUCAGAACAGGAGACAGUACAGCUGUAUUCAUUAAAUCUACAGAAAGACAAAAUAUCGAGCCUACUUAUAGUACCAGCCAUCCUUCUUCAAGCUACCGAACCCCCCCCCCACCAAAAAAAUAAAACAAUAGAAGUGCAAUCCAUUAUUAUGGAAUUGCCACAGCACUCAGGGCCGUUUGAAAUUCUCAGCGGCAAACUUCCUGGAGAUGAUGGUGAUAAUCUAGGAGCUCCUAUUGCUGAUAUUGUUGUCGUUUAUGGGCUACAUGAGAAACGAAAUAUUUCCAGUCCAGAUCUCAAGAACGAUAUUUCCUGGUUCCAAGAUGUGCUUCCUCAUCGAUUUCCUUCGGCACGCAUCAUGACCUAUAACUAUAACCUAGUGACUGGUCCUCAAGAUUUCAUCUCUAUUGGCAGUAUAAAGAAUGCGGCACUGGAGCUGCUAAGAGAACUUUCUAGAGGAAGAAGAAUACUGGGACAAGCAGGGAAACGGGAUAAGAUUGCCGAACCUCGGCCUCUGAAACGAGCUCCAACACUGCCAAUAGACCAAACGCGUCCUAUAAUAUUCAUAGGAUAUCAACUCGGAGGUACUAUCAUAAAACAGGCACUUGUCUUUGCGAAUUAUGAGAAAUUAUAUAUGCCAAUUUCUUCAGAAAUAUCUCUUCUGGUAUUUUUUGGUACACCUCAUCGCGCAGCCACUCCGGCUCAGUGGGAAUCUGCUGCCGAGAUGCUUCUCUCGUCUAGCGGGUCAAAAGAAAUUUCUUCCUCUGUUCUCAAAAGUUCAUCAAAAGCAUUGAUGGACUCCUCAGCUGGAUUUAUGCCAUUUUUAGGAGCUAUCCCUGUUCUAAAUUUUUAUGAUAAUAGACUCCAUAUGGUUAGUAUUUUAUACCUGUAUUCUUUAUCCAUGGAUACUCUUUACUUCCCAAUUAAUAUCUAUUAUGUAGAGAAUGUUGUUUCAAUCUCAGCAGGAUUUCUAAAUUAA